GCGUGCUGUAGCCCUGCUGUGCAGUUCUCUCAGCCCUCUGUUGUAGCACCAAAAGGGAGGAGGAGCCACCAGCGCACACGCGCAUACUCACACAAGGCACACACACUCUCACAUCAUCUCUUCUGCACGCUCACUGUAAGCACCAGCAAGCCAGCCAGCCAGCCAGCCAGCCAGCCAGCCAGCCAGCCAGGCCCGUUUGGAGCAGGGGAGCCCAGCCGUCUCAUCGCCCAAGAUGGAUGUACUGAUGAAGGGGUUCUCCAUGGCCAAGGAGGGGGUGGUGGCCGCCGCAGAGAAGACCAAAGCCGGCAUGGAGGAGGCAGCAGCCAAAACCAAGGAAGGGGUGAUGUAUGUAGGCAGUAAGACAAAGGAGGGAGUUGUGUCAUCAGUAAACACAGUGGCCAACAGGACUGUGGACCAGGCCAACAUCGUUGGAGACGCAGCGGUUGCUGGGGCCAAUGAAGUGUCACAGGGAACCGUGGAAGGGGUCGAGAACGUCGCCGCAUCAACCGGGCUGGUCAGCCAGGAGGAGCCUGUAUACGAGGUGCAUAUUGGACAGAGCAGUGUGGGGUCAUAG